UAACCAAGUUUGAAUUUUGGCCACCAAUCAUAACAAACUCCAACAGCUGUGCGAAGCUUAACCUUUUUUAUUUAACAAAAAACAUUUCAAAAUACAUAUUUUGAAAUAAAAUACAGUCAGAAUUGAAUUAACAAAAAACCUUUAUACAUUUUUUAUUGGAAGAUCAACAAAAGCGGUGCGGAACUUUCAAAUUAGAGGCUGCCGAUCACAUUCAAUCCAUACAGCACGAUAAACUCAUUUCUCGAACACUUUUAUGUAUGAUAAAAGUUAGUAAAUGAAAUUUCUUUAACUUAACAACCUUCUCACUUACCUGGGGGAUAAAUCCAACUAUAUAAAUCAUAAAUAAACAUAAUGUUGCAGCUGAGUGAUUUUCAAACUGUUUGUCCCGACAGUUUGAGUGCCACUAUGGGCUACCAAAUCUACAAAGAUUUGAGAAACGAUCCCCAAAACGUGGACUUGCAGCCAAGCUAUGAUAAAAGCCAGAAACUCUUUUAUUUGAAGAAAGAUAAUAAGUUUUAUGUACCCGUAUUGCACACAAAACAAAUACAUUUUAGUCAGUUGCAACAAUUUAAGGAGAAAUGUGGCAGCAAUGUCAACAUAUUUCUGGCCAUAAUUGACAAUACGGGCAAUAUUUUAUACUAUGAGCUGAACCAUGGAUUUUGUGAAAAACCAAAAUAAAUAAAACUUCAUUUUAUUAAUAGCGAUAGAUACAUUUAUUCAAAAUCAUAUCAUAAAUAAAAAUUACAGUCACAACUUGAAGCUAAAAAAGUGACUGACUUAUGGUUGAAGUCGACAGCUUUAAAAUCAAAUCGGCAUAAUCAUAAUAAAAA